AUGGCAAAGAUGAAAUCCAAGCAGGAAGGAGGCCUUGGAUCUUCUUCUUUUCGCAGAUCCGCAUGGCUAGCUCUGCCCUAAACGAUCGCUCACUGCUCUUCAACACUAAUCUCUUCACUUCUGCAUCUCCAGAUCUAACCAUCUAUACGACUAUGUAAUAUUCUCCCACAGUCACGGAGAAAUCGCAGCGGGAGCCUACCAGAACCAGAAGCUCACUGGACGACAACAUCUACGAAGUGACCUAAAUUGGGAGGAACCAAGAGAUCCUAAAUUGGCAAAAGAUGGGAAAGGCGUCUCACGGUUUAGGAUGCAGCAAGUUCAGCCGGCAUCCGGAGAGAUUUUCUCGCUUCGGAAGACGCGAGAGAUCGUCGGAUUGAGGAGUAGAACCAGACGAAUCGUCCGACUAAGAUCCUUCUCUUCACUGCGGAGAACGGAAGGGGAACGUUCUUCCCCUCACUCAGAAUCUUGGGGAGAAUCCCAAGAGAUCAAAAUAUGAUCGAAUGUGUGUAGUAAAGGGCUGAGGAAAACGAUUAAAAUAUGAACAAAGAGAAUUGCGACCAUCAGCCAUGGGGUAUACCUGCGGUUUGCGUAUUCGUAGAGUUUGCCGCGGGUGGAGAAGACGAUGAGGGCGACCUCGGCGUCGCACAGUACGGACAAUUCAUAUGCCUUCUUGAACAGGCCGUUGCGCCGCUUGCAGAAGGUCACCUGCCUGUUUGUGGUGUUCUCUAUCCUCUUUAUCUCGAUCUUCCCUCUACCCAUUUCCAACCCUUUUAUCUCUUCUGGUUUGAUCUAUCUUCCUUCCCCUCCCUCUUCCCCUCUCUCCCUCCCUCUCUCUCUCCCCUUCUCUCUUUCUCUCAGUGCUUUCUGGAGCCUGAAAACGGAGGAAAGGCAGAAAAUGGGGAACAAAUCCAGAAAGGGAAUCAGCGAGAGAUUAAAAGAACCAGAAUGGCAGCUCCAUCUUGAUAGGGCUGCAACAGGGAACGAGGAAGAGCCCUAAUUGGGAUCAGAGAGCGGGUAGAGAGAGGUUGUUGUUUCCACGGCUUACCUCGACAGAGAUGGAAGUGGGAGGAAGCGGAGGAUGGUGAGGCAAAUCUGAGAUGGGGGAAUGGAACAAGGAGAACGAUUUCCUUCCCCUUCAGAGAACUCUAGGGAAAACGGAAGCGGGUUUCUACAAGGGAUAGGUCUCCUUUUAUAGCCUCAGAAACAACCCCCACUCCCCAUCCCUUCUUACAGAGAUCAUUCCCUCUUGAUCCACCUUUUCCCCAUUUCCUCUCUCUCUCUGUCUCUCUCUCUCUCUCUCUCUCUCUACACCUGUAUCUAUCUAUCGAUCUAUCUCUCCAGCCGUGCUGAACAGUGGUCUACUGGUCUGUCGAGAUCCUUUUUAUCCAAUACACGGUUGGGGUAAUCCCCACUCUGUGUGUGCACCGAGGCCUAGAGAGAGAAAGGGUGAAAGAGAUUAUCAGUGCAGUUAAUAAGACCUCGGACUGUGGUCUACUGUGUUGCACUCGAGCUAAUUGGCAGCGAGCAGGAAACAGAGAAAGCCUUGUUCUCUCUCUUCGGUCUUUCCGAACUUCCCUUCUUUGGAUUUUAUGCGGCUAUAUGAUGCCACCAUGCCCAAUGAUCUCUGCGUAUACCCUCUUCUUCCCAAGAUCAAAGAUUUUGGAAUCCCCUCUUUCUCUCUCUCUCUCUCUCUCUCUCUCUCUCUCUCUAUACGCAUGUUAG